AUGGCGGAACAAGUACUCGGUUCGGUUGAGGAAAUCGGUGAGCCUUCGGCUCGGGACGAUCCGACCUCGUCUUCGCUCCCUGAUCCGACCACGGCUUGGCUAGCGGAUCCGACCGCGGCCUCGUUAGUCGAUCCGACUACAGCCUUGCUUCGUGUUGAUACGACCACGGCCUCGCGCUACGUUGACUCGCCUGCGGAUCCGACUACGGCUUCGCAACCCGCUUCGGCGUUGGAUCCGACCACGGCUUCGCAACCUGCUUCGCCGGUGGAUCCGAUCACAGCUUCGCAACCCGCUUCGCCGGUGGAUCCGAAGCUAAGCUCGGCAUCUCCAAUGUCAGCAAGAGGUGCGACAUCGCGUCACGAGAGCGUUGAUGUGGGGACUCAUCACCGUAACAAGGUCAUUGUAUCACGACGUUGUCUCGGCGAACCCAAUGAUAGCGGCGACGGUGUCUUUGACGACCUGGCAGACCUUGAGGAGGAGAGGAGACCUAGCGGUGAUGAGGAUCUUUUGGACAGAGGUCGAGGUGUUAGACUCCAUUUUCCUUUAGACUCCCCUUAG